GUUUUGUUUUUAUUAAUGUCGUUAUUUUAAGAACAUUUAAACUACAGCAUUGAUUCGGACACGUCUUGUUUUCUGAUCUCAUAGUUUGUAUAUUUCAUAUUUUUGUGUCAGAGGUUAAGGUUUUUAAAGUUGGUUUUAAAUACGUUUUAUAAUGGAUGAAAACACACCUACAGUUAGUUUAGUUUCUUGUAUGCACUUCGUGAGACGAGGUAUAGCCAAAGCAGUCCCAGAAAAGAUCGAAUUAACAGAGAAGGAGCUUGAAACCAUCAUUAAACAAACUGCAGAUGAGUUAAGAAUAACAGAGGCUGGAGAAGAUGUAAGCGAUGAAGAUGAGGAAGCCGGAGCCAGUGCACCUCGGGAGCCACCAUCAAAUCCUGACGAUGAGUUUGAUUUUGAAAACUAUGACACUGAAGAUACAAGUAAUCCAAUUGGUAUUGGGUCAGUGGCAACCCUUCCAAAUCUGGGAGACCUGAGUGAAAAUGUUCAAAUAAGGACUGAAGGUCCAGACAGUGAUGAAGAGGACGACAUUAUCAAAGCUACUGACAACCUCCUAUUGGUGGGACACGUGGAAAGCGAUGCUAGUGUCUUGGAAGUGUACAUUUUCAACAAGGAUGAGGGCUCUUUUUAUGUUCACCAUGACAUAAUCUUGCCGUGGUUUCCUCUAUGCAUAGAGUGGCUGAGCCAUGACCCUUCAGACCCACAGCCUGGUAAUCUUUGCGCCCUGGGUGGUAUGGACCCCGUGAUCCAGGUGUGGGAUCUGGACAUAGAGAACUGCCUGGAGCCCGCGUUCAAGCUCGGCAAGAAGCCCAACAAGAAGAAGAAGACGAAACGAGUCGGACACAAGGAUGCCGUGCUGGAUCUAUCUUGGAACAGGAACUUCUCGCACGUGCUAGCCAGUGGGUCUGCCGACAACACUGUAUUGCUCUGGGACUUAGAUCAGGGAAGCCCGCACACGAAACUCAGUUACUUUGAUGAUAAAGUGCAAUCGGUCCAAUUCCACCCUCUGGAAGCGCAAACAUUACUAACUGGCUCUUGUGACGGCAACGCUCGAGUCACCGACUGUCGACAACCGGAAGCCCAUCGCAACUGGAAACUGCCACCCGAGAUAGAACGAGUCACGUGGGACAGACAGAAGCCAUACUGUUUCGCGAUGAGCAAUAACGAAGGAAAAGUGGCGUAUGUUGAUUGUAGGCAGGACGAGCCAUUGUGGACUAUAACUGCUCACGAGAAGGAAGUUACAGGUUUAAUAUUGAGUGAACAAAUGCCAGGAAUGAUGAUCACUGUAAGCACAGACGGGAAACUAAAAACAUGGGAUAUUACCAGGUUAUCUACAAUUGUAGGUGCGCAUUGUAGGUUAUCUACAAUGCAAAGAGAUGGCGCUGCCUUGCAGCUUAAGAAAGACUAGAAAGAAUUCGACACGGCCAUCAGGGUCGCGGUAGCAUAAUUGGUCAGUGCAUUCGCCCGGAUAGCGAAGGGUGCUGGUUCGAGUUCCGUCUGCUGCCUGGUCCGCGUUGAAUUUUUCUAGUUAUAUUUUAUAUCUAGUUAUAUUUUUUUAUAUACUUUUUCAUAGCUAGGUAGGCAAAUGUCUUCCCCACCCGAUGUUAAGUGGUGGUAAAGUCUAGAUGCGAAGAAAGCUGGUGCAGCAGUUAUACAGGGCGCAUGCCCACUUCUCUCGAUUGCUAAAGUGUUUGCUAAAGUUUUAUUACAUCGAUACAAUCUUUUUCUUUCAUCUUUAGCAUGUCUCAUUAAAUCUUUAAUUGUUAUAAAAAAACAGAUCUUAUCAACAAGCGAUUGUUCAGUGGCAAAAAGGUCGUUAAACAGGGCGCGAGCGGCUUGGGUUCAAUUCCCAGCCGAAGAAGGACAUUUUAAUUUUUAAGUUUUUACAGUAAAAGCGUCGUAUUCACGCUUCCUUUAUUCACGGAUUUCUAUAUUCGCGGAUGUAAUCGAAAUAAAGAGGAUUCGAUACCCUUUGUUAACACGUGUCGGCAGAUGGAAUAAUUACAAAAGUAAAAUUGAUCUUCUUUGCUUGGUUUAUUGUCUCCUCUCUUCGUUCAUUACAAAAGUUGUGAUCAAGUAAAGCGUCUCUUCUUAUAAUUUAAUGUGCUGCUGUGUAGGGCCAACAGGUCGCCGUCUCAGCUAUGCUACUGUGUUAGUACUUUCGCAAUACCACAGCAGCGCUGAUUUUCAGCCCUAGUGACCCCCGAACGCCAAACAAAAUGCGAGUGAAUAUAAAUUACCACUCCAUAUUCACGGUUACUAUAUUCGCAAUAUUUCUGGAACACAUACUUACUGUAAAACCCUACAAGUUUCGCUUGCUUCGUGGAUCCAUUAAACCAUACCAUUUUUAAAGAAAAGUUUAC